AUGCGGCGUGUUGCCGCAAUCCUGGCCAUCAGCCACGUGUGUGCGUCCGGUGAACAGGAUGGGACCACCUUUGCCACUUCGGCACCGCCCACAACUUCGACUCCCAGGCUCCGGCCCACGAAGGUGGACGAUGCAGAAAGGACUUGCGAGGACGAGUUUCAAGCUUUCGUCCGAAAGUUCGACAAGCACUACGACUCUCCGGAAGAGGAGGAGAGAAGGAUGCACAUCUUUUGCGACCGCUUGGCGUGGAUCAAGAAGACAAACAGCGAGAACCACAAGUACACUGUGGGCAUCACGCGCUUCGCAGACCUGAGUCCGGAGGAGUUUCGGUCUGCUUAUGGUAUGCCGGCCGAGUACAAGAAUGCCAGCAUUUCUGAAAUUUGGGGAGGCCUGGAGGAGGUCAAGGACCCCUCGCUGCUCCGGUCCACGGCAGCUCCGAGUUCGGUCGACUGGCGGAGAGAGGGUGCAGUGUCGGUGGUCCAGAAUCAGGGGCACUGCGGCGCGUGUUGGACCUUUGCCACCACGGGUGCGCUGGAAGGUGCCUGGAAGGUGUUCGGCGGAUCGCUGUACACCUUGUCGUCGCAGCAGUUGCUGGACUGUGCUGACGAAGCAUACGGGAACAUGGGAUGCAAGGGCGGAAGCCCGAUCAAUGGGUUUACAUACAUCAAGCAGAAAGGGCUCUGCAAGGCGCGAGACUACGGCUACAAGGCGGUGCAACAGGCAUGCCAGGCCUCCAGCUGCACCAAGGUGAUCCCUCCUGGAGGCGUGCGUGGGCCAUGGCCAGUGAAGCAAGGCGACGAGAAUGCACUGAUGCAGGCAGUGGCCCAACAGCCGGUAGCUGUCGGCAUCGACGGGGAUAGUAUGGUGUUGGGUUUCGGGGACGUCAGCAGAGAUGUUUGUGCUGAAGCGUCUGACGUGUGUACAGACAUCUCACCGGACGGCGAGCGAAGAAGUGCAGAGGUCAAGCACCCUGGCCAUGGCCUGGAUAAAUAUGAGGAGCAGACGUUAGAGCGGCUGAAGACGACGGACCGAACUCUCAAGCAGAUUCUGUUGAACUUCAGUAUCCAGCAUCUGGAGGAUAACAAGUUCCGGGGAAUCACGCCCAAGAUCCACACGGCGAGCUUGUCAUUUCGGGACAUCAACUGCAAAGUCAUGACGGGAUCCGAAGAGAGGAGCAUCUUAGAGAACAUCACUGGCACCUUCCAGGCAUAUCAUCUGUCUGCCAUCAUGGGCCCGUCUGGUUGUGGGAAGAGCACAUUGCUCGACGUCCUCACCGGCAAGAAGAAAACCGAUGGCAAGUGGACCGUCGAAGGUGACAUCCUUAUCAAUGAAAAGAAGACCAGCAUCGAAGACAUCAAGCCGGUGAUCGGCUUUGUUCCGCAGGACGAUGUGGUGCAUGAAGGCUUGACUGUCCGAGAGAACAUCUACUACUCCGCAGCCAAGCGCAUGCCACGGGGAACUCGUGCCUCGCGCUUGCGAGCAAUUACGAACGAUGUCCUGCAGGUGCUCCAGCUAGAGUCGCGACAGAACUUGCUCGUGGGCAAUCGAGUUCGGACAGGUGAAGGACUCAGUGGCGGUCAGAAGAAGCGUGUCAACGUCGGGAUUGAGCUCGCUGCCUGUCCCACGAUCCUUUUCCUGGACGAGCCGACCUCGGGCUUGGACGCCACGGCUUCGCUGAUGAUCGUCCAGCAGCUCAAAAGGAUGGCUCGGCUCGGUGUCACCAUCGUCAUGGUGAUCCAUCAGCCGCGCUAUGACCUCUUCACUUUGUUGGAUGACGUGCUGCUUCUGGGGACGCUGGAGGACAAGGGCGGCCGCAUGGCCUACAUGGGACCGACAGUGCAAGCGAAGUCGCACUUUCAACACCUCGGCUUGCAAAUGCCGGAGAACUGGAAUCCGGCAGACUGGAUGAUGGAUAUUCUCAGCGGGCAGAACCUCGACCAGCAAAACUGCCGCAUCCCAGUCUCUGACCUUCCAGCGGCCUUGUUCAAGAAAUGGCAGGACUCCCCCACCCCUGAAGGCGAGGCGCCGCCCAGGAGGUAUGUGCGUGCAGCGUCGGGCGACACUUCCGCGGAGGUCGAGAUCAUCAAGCAACAUUGCAAGGAAUGUUGGUCUGAAGUGGCGCCCGGGCACUCUAAGUUGGAUGCGGAAGACUUUGCCAAGGUUCUCAGGGCAUGCACCGGGGCCACGCCGGACGAAGAGAUUGUCACGGAGAUUAUGUAUCGAGCGUCGACAUACGAUGUGCGUGGUGAGAGUACGCUGGGCAUUCCUUCCAACACUUUCUUGUUUGGUGGCCGAAGCAGCGACCAAGCUGGUGAGAGGUCUGCAUCCUACAUCACUCUCCGGGCUUUCGUCACCUACCUUCUCAGCUUCCGUGGAGUCGAGCGCGAGGACAUCCGUCUUGGCAGUCUCGCUGGGUUGUCCGGCAUGUCCGCUCCGUUGCAGGGCAUGGAGGAGUCAUCAGAUGAGACCGUGGAUGAAUCGAGCGAUUCCGACUCAAGUACGGGCCAGGCGAGCGAUCAAGACCUGAACCUGCCCAUGUCUUCUACUACUACCACGCUGGUUAGCACCGACUUGAAGCGAACGAUGCCGGGCUGCUGCAGCCACUUCCGCUACACCCUGCGAACAUCUCUGAUCACUUUCUGGCGCACGAUGGGCAUUAAGAUCUUCUUCCUGGGGGUCAUGUGCUUUGCUGCAGCAUUUCUCUCUGUCAUGGACGCUAUCAUUUUCGAUUCGCCUCCCUGGUCAGCCACGUCCUUCCUCAAUGCGCAGAUCGCUCUUGCCCUGCUGAUUGCGGUCUACUCUUUGCAGCUCUUCAGCAACGAUCAGGAGAUGUACUGGCGCGAAGCAAGCCAUGGGCUGAACCGUUUCGCCUUCUUCGCCGGGCGAGCGCUGGUCAACACCUUCGACUGGCUGUUGCUGACCUUCUUCUUUCUGCUGGUCUACUUCUCUAUCGCACGCCCGAUUCUGGCAUUUGAGGAGUACAUCUGGCCCUUCUUCUUAGUAUCGUAUGUGGCCUCUGGGUGGGGCUACGCGCUCUCGUGCUGCUUGCCCGUGGAGCUUGGUGCCUUCAUCAGCUCUAUCCUGAUGUUCAUGAUGGGAGGCAUCCUGGGUCUCCCCAUGCAGAUGGCCGACUUCCUGAACGGCGGCUUUUUCGAGAUUGUGGUCAGCAGCAUCUCCUUCACUCGAUGGAGCGUAUCCAUGAGCUUCCUGGAAUAUGUCACGGAGUAUCCUCCUGAUCCGGAGACUUUGUCUCAAAUCGACAGCUACCAGCUCACCAAGUUCAAGGAUGCAUACGAUGGGGCACACUUUCUCCUUCCUUGCGAGGAUUCGCAGUAUUGGUCCGGACUGCUGGCUCUCGUAUUGCAGGGGUCGGUGCUGAGGGUGGUCGCCUACCUGGGACUUCGCUUUACAAACCGCGCCAGGCAGAUCUGA